GUUUUGACGGCUUUGCCUUUAUCCAUGCACGUGUGUUGUUUGUUGCACGGAUCGUUCGAUUUUUGGCGCACAAUUAGAGAGAAUCAUGCCGUCCGAUGCGAAGAAGAAACAACAGCAAAAGAAGAAAGAGGCGGCGAAGGCUCGACAGUCUGGCAAAAAACCACAGAUCACUCAGAACAAAACUGCAGAGGAUGGCAAGGAGUCCAGUCCUGGUGUUGGAGUCAUUCAAAAUGGGACCAAUGGAACACCCAUCAGUGCUGAAGAGGCACUGUGCAUGAAACUGGAAGCAGAUGCCAGACUGAGUGCAGAAGCACGUUCGUGCACAGGAUCAUUGGCUUCACAUCCACGGAGUCGAGACAUUAAAAUAUCUAAUUUUUCUAUUACUUUCCAUGGCUGUGAACUGCUGCAGGACACCAUGUUAGAGUUGAACUGUGGCAGACGUUAUGGCUUACUUGGACUUAAUGGCUCUGGGAAAUCCACUUUGUUAGCUGUACUUGGAAAUCGAGAAGUUCCUAUCCCUAAUCAAAUUGAUAUCUUUCAUUUGACUAGAGAAAUGGCUGCUAGCAAUAAGACAGCUUUAGAAUGUGUGAUGGAGGUUGAUGAGGAACGUAUACGAUUAGAAAAAUUGGCAGAGGAGUUAGUGGAGUGUGAAGAGGAGGAUGCUCAAGAGCAACUGAUGGAUGUGUAUGAAAGGUUAGAGGAUAUGUCUGCUGACACAGCAGAAUCUCGUGCUGCACACAUUUUACAUGGUUUGGGUUUCACUGCAAAAAUGCAAAAGACACCUACCAAAGAUUUCUCUGGAGGUUGGCGAAUGAGAAUUGCUCUUGCUAGAGCUUUGUAUGUAAAACCUCAUCUAUUAUUACUGGAUGAACCUACUAAUCAUUUAGAUCUCGAUGCUUGUGUGUGGUUGGAAGAAGAAUUGAAGUCAUACAAGAGAAUUCUGGUCAUUAUUUCUCACUCACAAGAUUUCCUCAAUGGUAUCUGUACAAAUAUCAUUCAUGUCAAUAAGAAACAGUUGAAAUACUAUAGCGGUAAUUACGAAGCCUUUGUGAAGACAAGAAUGGAAUUAUUGGAGAAUCAAGCGAAACAGUACAACUGGGAACAAGAUCAAAUGGCGCACAUGAAGAAUUAUAUUGCUCGAUUUGGUCACGGUUCCGCCAAGCUGGCCAGACAAGCACAAUCUAAGGAAAAAACACUGGCAAAAAUGGUAGCACAAGGCCUCACAGAAAAAGUGGUCAACGAUAAAGUACUGAAUUUCUACUUCCCCGCGUGUGGAACUAUUCCACCUCCUGUUAUAAUGGUACAGAACGUCAGUUUCCGUUACAACGAAGAUUCGCCUUGGAUUUACAAGAAUCUAGAAUUCGGUAUAGAUUUAGACACCAGAAUCGCGUUGGUCGGUCCAAAUGGUGCUGGAAAGAGUACCCUUUUAAAAUUACUAUAUGGAGAUUUAGUUCCAACUAGCGGUAUGAUACGUAAGAAUAGCCAUCUUCGAAUUGGAAGAUACCAUCAGCAUUUACAUGAAUUAUUAGACUUGGACAUGUCACCAUUGGAUUAUAUGAUGAAAGCCUUCCCAGAUGUCAAGGAACGAGAAGAAAUGAGAAAAAUUAUUGGUCGUUACGGAUUAACCGGUCGUCAACAAGUGUGUCCAAUUCGACAGUUGUCAGAUGGUCAACGUUGCAGAGUGGUGUUUGCGUGGCUGGCGUGGCAAGUACCUCAUCUACUUCUGCUCGACGAACCCACCAAUCACUUGGACAUGGAGACAAUCGAUGCUCUGGCAGAUGCAAUUAAUGAUUUUGAGGGUGGGAUGAUGCUCGUGUCUCACGACUUUAGAUUAAUCAAUCAGGUGGCAGAGGAAAUUUGGGUCUGUGAAAAUGGCACAGUGACAAAGUGGACUGGAAACAUUUUGGACUACAAAGAGCAUCUGAAGAACAAAGUGCUGAAUGACAACCAAAAGAGACAGAAGGAGAUGCACAGAAGCAAAUAAUACCCAAACGACGUGUAAUCUACUCUGCUCGGUUUCUCUUUCCAAGUAUACUUUCUCUAUGUUAUAGCAACUUGUCCCUGCCAGCUAUGAUUUUUUUUUUUCCUUGAAUAUAACUCCGCGCCUAGCGCUGAAUCCGCGCUGCUGUGUAGCGCUAUCAGUGAUCUAGAGGAUUUCUUAGUUAAUUUAUUUAAACAAUAACAGCGAACUAUUCUGUGACAACCAACAAGAUUCAUUCAUGGUGUAGUUUUACCAUGCUAAAUAAUGUAGGGUUCCGAUAUGAAUUAAUAAUGUACUUUGCGAGAAAAUAUAAAUUGGAUACAUACACAUAUAUAGAUUAUUACAGAGUAUUACAACAAAAAAAUAAAACACAUUUAAGUAUUAUUAUAAAACACACA